AUGCAGAGCCCAGCACCAUCAGGCUCGGGCGGGCCAACUCCUCCUAUCGCUCUCUCACCUGUAGAAAGGAGCGCCUUUGCCCACCUCUUCAAUCUCGCCGACCCAGAACGCACAGGCAUCGUAACCGGUGAUGCUGCCGUCUCCUUCUUUGCCAAGUCCAAGCUUCCCCCUGCUGUCCUCGGCCAGAUCUGGGCUAUGGCCGACAGCGCCAACAAUGGUUUCCUCACUCCUCCCUCCUUCAGCAUUGCGUUGCGACUGAUCGGCCAUGCUCAGCGUGGAGAGACCAUCACCGAAGCUUCGAUCAAGCGUCCUGGUCCACCACCCACUAUGGAAGGCGUCAACCUUCCCCUCACCGCCCAGCUCACAGGACCGCAAACAGGCCCUGCUGCUGCCACCAACAUGCCAGGUGUCAUCGAGAUCAAGCCCGAGGAUCGUGCACGCUACACACGAAUCUUUGCCAACUCUGGACCUGUUGGAGGACUCAUCGAGGGCGACCGUGCCAAGGAGAUCUUUGUCAAGUCCAAACUUCCCUUUGACAAGCUCGGUGCCAUCUGGAACCUUGCCGAUACCCAAGCCCGUGGUGCUCUCGACCUCACCGACUUUACUAUUGCCAUGCACUUCAUCCAAAACACGAUGAAUGGCACUCUCAAUUCGAUUCCUGCAGCCCUUCCUCCUGGUCUCUAUGAGCAGGCCAAGGGUUCAGGUGGCGUUGGCUCUCGUGUCAUCCCUGCUUCACCGCUUGCUGCUCAAAACACUGGUGGUUCCGCUUCCGGCUUCGGCUCGUCCGCUAUUCCACGUCAGAUGACUGGGUCUGGCUUCCCUGCUGGAUCUUCGUUCCAGUCUCCUCAACAACCGACUUCCAACCUUGCCGCCAGCGGAGCUGCCUGGGAUGUCACACCGGAAGAGAAGGCGCGCUCUGAUCAGUUCUUCGAUGGCUUGGACGUAUCCAAGCAGGGCAAGCUCGAUGGUGCUGCCGUUGUUCCCUUCUUUAUGCAGAGCAAGCUUACCGAGCCAGUCCUGGCACACGUCUGGGAUCUUUCCGACAUCACUCAGAGCGGCACACUGUCCAAGGGUGAGUUUGCCGUCGCUAUGCACCUCAUCAAUGACCAGCUGGCCGGCAAGCCUUUGCCCCAGGAACUUCCUUCGAGUCUCGUUCCUCCUUCAAUGCGCAACAUGAACCUGCCUGCAGCUGUCAACCCGCAGCAGUCCGACACACAAAAGGAUCUUUUCUCCCUCAUGGAUGACGACCCGCCGCCUCCCACCAUCUCAGCUUCUUCUGCUUUUAUCACUCCGUCAUCGGCUGCUCCCGUUGUAGGCAACACGCAGAGCACACCCUUGGGCACAAGCAGCCCUGCUCCAGCAGCGGCCCCCGCUUCAACUUCUGCACAACGCUCUACUCCUGGUCCUUUCGAUGAUGACUUCUUCGGCGGUGAUACUGGAUCUUCGAGCACCCCACUCGCUGCUUCCCAGCCCAGCCAACCUUUUGCUGCUGCUCUAUCACCAUCCGCUACCGGUGGAAGCUUUGGCAGUGCUGCUGCCUUCCGAUCGCCCGGUGUCAUGUCUCCCACAGGUGCUGCUUCCCCUUCUGCUUCAACUUCUCGUCUCGGAAGUGCCUUCGGAGGUACCGCCGCAGGUGUUGCUUCGGGCGCAGCUGCAGGUGCUGCUUUGGGCAGCGGCAUUGGUGGAAAUGACCAAAGCGUCGAAUACGGAAACAAGUCUAUCCAGCUUCAGAGCACCGAGAAGGCUCUCUCCGAUCUCCAGUCGAAGCGAGGCCAGCUCGAGUCUUCGGUCGCUACUAACGCAUCGACCAUCGCUGAGCUGGAGUCGCGCCUUGCUACUGUUCGUGGUCAGCACGAGACCGAGUCCAAGCUGGUCAAGGACCUUGAGGAACGUCAGCAGAAGCAAAACCAAGAGCUCAAGACGCUGCGCGAAAACGUCAUUCGUGAAGAGAGCGAGCUCAGUGCCCUCAAAGCUGAGAAGGACGAGCUCGAACAAGCUCUUAUGCGCGACCGUGAGGAUGCGCGCGACAUGAAGAAGCGCAUGAACGAUGUCCAGACUGAGACCAAGUUACUCAAGGAACAGCUCGAGAAGCUUCGCAAGGAUGCUCGACAGCAGAAGGGACUUGUUGCUAUCAGCAAAAAGCAGCUCGCUACAUCUGAAGCUGAGCAGGACAAGGUAGCAAGCCAGAUUGAGGCGGUGCAGCGAGGCGAACUGGACGACGAUGAAGCUGGGGAGCACCACACUGGUAGCAGAGAUGUGGCUAGUGCUGCUGUAGCCCCUGCUCACGGAUCUGCUGCUGAAUCAGUGACGAGCCCAGCAGCCAGCGUUCGCAGCAACAACCCCUUCGACCGCUUCGGCCCAGGUGCCGCCGCAUCGUCGCAGCCUGGCACUCCUGGCACUAGCCACCAGCCAUCGGUCGGUGCAUCGCCUGCAGCCGGAGCCAGUGCCGGUGCAGUGCUUGGUGGAGCCGUUGCAGCCGCUACCCACCACCGCGAUAGCGACGGAGCACAACAAGGUUCAGAGGCGCAAGCUUCUCGUGAGGUCGACCCCUUCGGCAUGCCUCAACCCGAUCAGCAGCAGCACCAGGAGCAACAGACUCGCGAUGCCUCGAAUCUCGGCUUUGACGACGCUUUCGCCAUUCCAGGCGAGCCCACCAGCACGUCGGCUGCUGGCCAAGGUCAUACUCAAGGUGUCUCCGCUGACUUUGACGACAACUUCGGCGAUGACUUUGGUGCUUUGGCCACCACAGCGCCGGCCACAGCCGCCGAUUCUGCUGCAAUUGCUGCGCCCGAGACAUCUCGCAAUGUGAACGCCUCUGAGCUCGCUGCUGCCGGCGGCGUUGGCGCCAGCGUGAUUCACGUUGCAGAGCCCUCGCACCGCACUGAUGCUCCGAUAGCCACGAAGCUCGAGACUAGCGUGGACAACGACGCCGAUGUCGAUGGCCCCUUUGGUAGCAGUGCCGCUACCGCCGACAAGCAGCGUCCUGACGAGCCUGAUGCAGAUGAGGACAGCUCCGACGACGAAGAUAACGGUCCCGAGGAUCUCGAAGGCUACAAGGGCAAGAACAUCGCCACUCCUAUCGGAGGUGCUGCUGAUCGCUUCCCCGACCUUGAAGCCUCAGGUGACGACGCUGCAGCUGGUACUGCUGCUCACCCUCUAGCUGACAGCGAGCGUACUGUUCCAGGUGGCCUUGAGGAUGUCACUGCCACCACAAUGCCUCCCUCUUCCGCUCCGGUCGAUCCUACUGCAAUCGGAGCCGUGCAGGACCGCACUUCUUCGACCACGUCGAUCGCAUCCGUCGGUCGUCAUGAGACGGGCGAUUUCGGCGAGGCUGCUACCUCCAACAAGAUCGGCGACAGCCACGUUGGCGCUGGUACAGCUGCAGCUGGCGGAAUAGGUACCGCAGCGCUUGCUGUGGGCGCUGGUGCGCUGACGCUGGGAGACCGAGGCCACGGCGACACUGAGCCUGAGCAGGCCGUCACUUCUCCUGCGGACGACAACGUGCCUUUGAGCCAGCUCAUUGCUUCCAAUAAGCCUGCUCUUGGCUCUACUGCUACCGACUCGACUGCUGCAGCCGACCCUUCGAGCAGCCCUAGCUUGUCCACGAAGACUCGACGUGCGCCACCUCCCGCCCCAGUGCGCAGCGCAACGUUAUUGUCGACCACAUCGGCUGCUCCACCUGCUGCUCCUACUGUGCUUGCCGCGGAGCCCACGGGCACCUCUGGCACUGCUGCUCCUGUUCACCCUGUAGACGACUCUGGUGCCUCGACCAACCCCUUCGGUAUGGACGACUUUGGUGCGGCUCCUGCCACUACUGCGACGCAGUCAGCUGCGGGUAGCGGCGUGCAGCAGAGGGCGACGAAUGACAGUGGCAGUGGAGGCAGCAACUUUGAUGACUUCGAUUCAGCUUUCGAGGACUUGGGUCCCAGUGAAACUGUUCCGACCGCGGCCACAGCAACUGCGGGUACCGCAGCUGCUGGUGGAGCGAACGCCGGCUUCGACGAUGCGUUUGACAAUGACUUCGAUUUCGUGCCAUCGUUCAGCGCUCCUGGCGCCGGUACCGCUGCUGCUCAACAGGACGCCGCGAGCCGUGCUGUUCCAGCCACGAGCGGAGUAACAAGCAGUAACCACGCUGCAUUCGACGACUUUGAUGCAGCUUUCGACAGCACUCCUGCUACCACCUCUGCUGCUACUACCUCUGCUGCUACUACCUCUGCUCCUCCCACUGGUGCUGCUGCGAUCGCUACCCCAGCUUUCGGCUCCAACACCGCCGCCACUGCUGCCAACACCGACCGCGGCACAGCAUCAAACACAACCUCAGGUUUCAGCUUCGAAGAUGCAUUCGACCCCACCACCAGCCAAAUCACCUCAACCGCUGCACCUGCCCUCAACACCACCUCCAUGCCCACCGCUGGCGCUGCCUUUUCAACCUCAACCUCGAACCUCACCUCCCCGACAGCUCCCGCUGGCACCUACGCUCCACCACCCGGUCCUCCCCCUGGUUUCACCUUGCCUCCUCCUUCGGUCCCAUCUCGCUCCAAUGCUGGCACUGGAACAGGAAGCGCCGCCCUUGAACAAGCUCCUGAUUUCACUGGUGCAUUGCCAGACGACGCAGGCCAGGUCAAACAGCUUUGCGGAAUGGGUUUCACACGUCAAAAGGUAAUUGAGGCUUUGGAGAAGUCGAACUAUCGUACUGAGAAGGCUUUGGAGCGAUUGCUUGCUUCUACCUAA